AUGCCUUUCUUGGACGUGCAGAAAAGGUUCGGCAUUAACCUAGAUCGGUGGUGGACAGUCCCAAAUGCCGAACAGCCCUACAAGUUUCCUGCUCAAUGCCAUGCUUUUGAAAAAGAAUGGAUAGAAUGCGCACAUGGAAUUGGUACUCUCCGGGCGGAGAAGGAGUGCAAGAUAGAAUAUGAUGAUUUCAUAGAGUGUAUACUUUGGACAAAAACGAUGAAACGCACGGAUACCAUCUGGAGGCAAUGGGAAAAACUGAUGAAGGAAGGGAAGUACACCCCUCCACCUCACCACAUGGGCAAGGGGGAGCCUCGGUCCUGA